AUGGCUGAAGGCGGGCAUAUCCCGGAACUAGACUUAUACUUACUGGAGUGUCCAAUCUGUCUGGAGCGACUUCGGCAACCUAAAACCUUACCCUGCCUCCACUGCUUCUGUCAGGAUUGUCUCGGGACCUACAUCACCAAGGAACUGUCUGGUAAGAUGGCUUCGGCGACAUCCUUUCCGUGUCCAAUUUGCAGAGGGAUUGCUACGCCUGUCAAUCAAGCGGACACCAAGGCAAACUGGGCCAAACAGUUCCCAACUAAUGGUGUGAUCCAAGAACUUAUCAAGCUUAAGGAACAGUCGUCUGAACCACUGUACUGCACACCUUGUCAAACAAAAGGUAAUCCGUCCAAUCCUGCCAAGUUCUGGUGUAGAAAAAAUGAAUCCGGUUUCUGUGAGACUUGUAAAGUGGAUUACCAUGAUAUCGUACAUAUUGGAUGUGAUAUAUUAGAUAUUACCAGGCACGACAGCAAUAGACCAAAACAACAUCCGGCUGUUCCUCACUGUGACCAACACGACGAGAAUAUGGUUUGGUACUGUGAAGAUCACAAACUUCUUGGCUGUAACAUAUGCGUUUUAGAAGACCAUAGACGUUGUGAAGCAGUCACAACAGCGACGAAAUACAUUCAGAAGCUAAAAGCAGGAUCGCAACUGGCAGAUAUGCAGGCAGCACUACAGAAAGGUGCAGAGGUCAUGAACUAUUUAGUGAAGGACUUUGACGAACAGCUCCAAGUCAUGGUAAAGAACCAAGAAAUCGCUCUACAGAGUAUUACAGAUCUACGCCAAAGGAUCGACAAAAGGCUUAACGAGCUUCAGAAGAACUGCACAGACAAGUUAAUCACGUUGUUCAAAGACGAAAAGGGGAAAUUAGACGACUCCUUACGGCAAUGCGAACGUCUAAAGAAUAGUAUGCUGAGUACCCUGAAAUCGUCCAUUAAAGCUAUAGAGGGAAACGAAAACACUGAAACGAUAGUGUUGUAUCAGAGAGGACAGGCGGAAGUGGAGUCGUGUAAGGCGCUGGUCAUAGAGAUGAACGAAUCUUUCACGUCCGUCAAUGUUAAGCAUCAGACCGAACUUGUAACCUUCGGUGAUGACGCAAUGGGGAAUAUCGUCAUUGAGAAACCACCAAGACGUUUUCCGGAGAGUCAUGGUUACCUUACGUCACCAAUGUCCGGGCGUCGCGUGAGAGAAGUACAACAGUUUGGUGUAAAAACUACAUCAGAUUGCAACGAUUGUGAUGCAGUUGGCGUCGUAUUCCUUCCGUGCAAUCAAAUAGUGGUUAGUGAUGGUAACAACGAAAAGCUAAAGCUUUUUACAGAUAAAGGACAGUACCUGGAUGAGUUAACCAUUCACGGAAGUCCCAAUGAUAUGUGUUUUGUGAAUGCCAACACAGUGGCUGUGGCAGUUAGCAGUCCUGGUGGUGUCCAUGUCGUGAAAGUAGACAACUCAAAAAUGUCACUUUCUUCCGAGAUCUGUUUGCCAGAUGAUAAAGGCUGCCAGGGUAUAACCCAUAUAAACGGAAGAUUUGUCGUUUGUACAGACACAGACAGAGCAGAACUGUACAGUGUGACACCGGACGGCACCGCUGAGCUGUUAUAUCAGUAUAAUGGUAAGUGUUAUUUCCUGUCACAUGACCCAACAAAUGAAGACAUACUGGUCAGCUGCCACAUCAGUACACGAGGGGAAGCUAUGCUGUCCAGACUCUCGGCUGACAAACGUCGCAAGAAUGUGAUGCAAAGAGGUGUCGUGAGUUCAGCUGCAGGUGUUAUCGUUGAUAGGGAGGGCAACAUUUACGUGUGUGGCUUUGGAUCGGGCAACGUCGUGCAGUUGUCUGGGGACGGGACACACGUCAGGGAACUGCUGACGUCAUCAGAUGGAGUAAAGUGCCCAUUCGCAAUAGCUGUUUGUGGUGACAUGUUUGUACUCACUGCAUAUCAGACAAAUUACGUCCGCUUGUUUCAGCUCUAUUAA